GCGUCCGUAUCACGUAUACGGUGCAAGACUCUGUCACUGCUGCCACGCUAGCGCCACGCUUCAUAGAAGCUACUAGAACCGCAAACUGUACGCAAAACCAACGCCAUUGCUCGUAAAGUUCUCGAAAAUAAACUAACUUAGCUUCAGGUGCACAGAAAACUUUCUCCUAUCGGAUACGCAUGCAUAUGAGGUGUCCUCACGUAAGCUCGGCUAACGAAGUGUAAUUCUGUCAGCAAAACAAACUAUGAUAAACUAACAUGACUACAAGGCUUGAAAAAUCACGGAAAAAAUGUUGGAAAAGAGUUUUGCGAAGUCUUAACAUGCCUAUAACUUAUUGACGAGACGGAGUAAGCUCUACGAGCGUUUGAUACAAUAAAAUACUUAGGCAAUUUCACAAAUAGACACAUUCACGGAAUGCAGCAAUGAUUAAAGUUGAAUGGGGGCUUAUGACAUAAAAUUAGCACGAAGUUGUGUACAAAAUCAACAAAAGUUACUUAUUCAAGUAAAUUGCAUUUAUAUCCACGAACCAUGGCCUCCCUUUACUCUGCAAGUGGGUCAAAUGACACACAAAACCAAACGCUCGCUCUGCUCGGUCUCCACAACUGCACCAGCCUGGACAGCGACGGUAUCCUGUCUACGGCGGUGCUCGCUGAAGACGUGAUGGUGGAGACAAUGCCGCUGAACUCCAUCAUUGGGGUGAUCAUCGCGGUCUUUGCUAACUCCCUCAACGGCUUCUCCAUUAUACUAAAAAAACAGUCCCUGAAAAGAUUACAGGACACUGGGCACCUGAGGGCGUCAGAAGGCGGCUUUGGAUACCUGAAGGAGGCACGGUGGUGGAUGGGUAUUUCUUUGCUCGGCUUCGGCGAGCUGCUCAAUUUCGUGGCGCUGAUUUUUGCACCGGCAAUUCUGGUGACGCCGCUGGGGGUGAUGGCUCUGGUAACGACCACCGUACUGUCCCCUGUCAUUCUCAAGGAAAAGACCGGGACGGUUGGGCUGCUCGGGUGCCUGCUGGUGCUGGUCGGCUGCGUCAUCAUCACGCUGUGUGGACCUAAGGACCAAGAGGUGGCCUCCGUCCAAGAGUUCGAGGACCAUCUCACAUCACCGGGGUUCUUAGCUUAUGCGGGCUCCAUAGUGCUCAUAACGUCCUUCCUUAUCUAUAUUUCGCCAAAGUAUGGGUCAAAAUACCUGCUCCUGUACGUCUUUAUCGUUGGCAGUUACGGUUCUCUUUCAGUCAUGUUCUGUAAAGGAAUCGGAAUCGCGAUCAAAACUACAAUACUAGGAGUGAAUGCGUUUACAGAAUGGAGUGUUUGGGUUUCAAUUUUUUGUUUAAUUGCUUGUCUUCUAAUUGAGACUGCAUACAAUCAGGUGAGCCUGGAUCUUUUUAACACUUCCAUCGUGAUGUCGGUCACAUACGUUAUUUUCUCGACCCUUAUAAUUGCUGGGUCUGCCAUAAUUUUUUCCUCGAAGCAGAAUAUCGGUACUAAAGAUAUAAUUUUGACAGUUCUGGGCUUUAUUGUGAACGUUAUAGCUCUCUACAUGAUGAAUUUGGAUAAGAAUCCUGACAUGGUACUCACGAUAUCUCGUAACGACGAGCAAUGCCAAUCUCUGGAAAAAAUUCCAGUUCAAGAUGUUGAACAAACAGUCGGUCGGACAUUCGAUACAAAUGCCAUCAGCAAACAGGGAGAGUUCAUCAGUUUUUCCAAUGCUUCAGUUUUAACUCCUGCAAGCACACCAAGGACAUCAACAAAUAAACAUACAUGUGGAAUGGCCAUCCAUUCUUCCAUGCUUCGGGAAGGAGAAACAAAAAACAGCUACUCUUCUCUGCUCAGUGACGACGCGGUGUCGGUUACUUCCAAAGAUGGCGUCGUGACGAGUGAUAACAACAGGCCAGAUGACACUGAUAAGCGACCAAAUUCGGCUUCGUCUACUGCGUCGUUAAGCACCAAUAAGAUCAGCAGCUUACGUAGUCUUUGUUCCUUUGGGUACAUGCAAGAGAUUGAAGUGGCCAAACACUCCGAAGAAACUCACUCAGAUGAAGAUGAUAAAAAUAUUGAAGAAUCCAAGUCCUCCCUUGGGCAUUCUGCUGAAGACUCAUUCGCAAUUGAUGUAUCCGAUAAUGAUGGUAAAGUCAGCCGAUCAAAUUCCCGAAAGAAGAAAACGACAAAGCUACUGCAAAAAAGUGCACAAGCAACCUCAAUAGAAAUUUGACAAGAAAUUAUGGGAUGUAAAUCGCCAAAAUUGUAAGUUUUAAGAAUAACAUAUGGCCAAUCUGUGUCAAUCGAUUUCUUUGCUUGUGCUUUUUAUCUUGGAGAAGAGAAAACUUCUGCAUAGUGCGAUUGAAUGUGAAAUUCCAUUGUCUAGUAACUCUAGUGACUCUCGAUAGGCUGCUACUAAUGAUGCCAAAUCAACGAUUCCCGCAGCCCUGUUUUCAAAAUGACUCGCAAAAUCAAGCAGUUAUAUUUUCUAUAUUUACUUUCGAAAGCAUCGUAUGAUAUGGUAAAAUGUCUCAAAUUAAAUGCUAUAACUUUAAACGUGUUCAUUAUACUCAGUAGCAAAGCUAUGGCAGCUCCGGUUAUAGUAAUGUAGUGAGCUUAUGUAGUGUCCUACGAAUGAAAGAUAUUCUGUGAUUUUAAUUAAAUUUUGGACACCAGUCAAGCUGAAGUUAUUGCCACAACUCAAUGAAAGUUUAUGCCUUUAUUGGGGUUGUUGCGUACGUACGAUAAUCACUUAAACAGCAUAAAAUCAACUGGAUUAAUUUAUUAUUUAUGUCGAAUGUCCAGUAACUCCACAUGCACAAUAGUUUUUAAUGAUACCGAUAAAUGUCGCGACGUGCUGAUCCUUCCAUGAAAAGAUCGAUGUUUAAGAAUUCGAUCAAGCUAUUUUUUAGUAGACACGGAUCCUAUAAAUCACCCGUGUUAUUAACUAUAUAAGCUGAAUACAUUUAUGGAAUGCACUAUUAUGCAUUAUUAUUAUCACAGUAUUAUGUACCGAAUUGGGAUCACAAUUCGUGAGACACAAACUACAUCGCACGUCUUGCGAUUGCAGUGAGGUUAUGAAGGCUUUUAU